AUGUACAAAUUAGCAGUCUGCACAUUGCUUAUCCUUAGCGUAACAGCAAUUGAUGUCACAAACUCAGUUUGGACAAGCCAUGACCAAAAAGCUUUUGCUCAAAUUAAACAAUCUGGUUGGGGUAAUUUCAUUUUGAACUUUGGUGAACUCCAUUUAAGUACAGGAGGUAUCCUUUCAGAAUUAAACACUGAAAUUGCUAAACUUAUUGACGAAUUGGAUGAGGAAUUAGCAGAAGUCCAUCAUUAAUAUGCAAGAAGAACAGACAUUCACAACAGAGAAGUUUCAAGACUUGAAUAAGAAAUCUAAGAUAAAGAAAGAGAGGUCUUCAAUGCCCACGAUUUCUAUGAUAACGUAUUGAUCCCAUAAAGAGAUAGAUUUGCUGCUCAACUUGAAUAAUUAUAAGAAAACAUUGCUCAAAACAGAAAGACCCUUAACGAAUCAACAGUUCAAAGAGCUAAGGACCAUGCCGAAUUUGAAGCUUAGGUUGCUGAACACAAUGAAGCCAUUGGAGCUAUUGAUGAAUCAUUAUAAUUACUCAGCCAAUUGGAAUCACCAUCCCUUGUCUAAAUCUAAAAGGUCUAAAAGAAUUUGACCAAAAUCUAAUAAUCACUCAAAAGACACAGCACAUUCUAAACCUUCAUCAAGACUCUUUUGGAAAUUGCUGUUGAAGCUAAUUUCGCUGAUCAAGGUGCCCUUAGAGAAAUUUUGACUGCCUUCAACAACUUGAGAGUUCAAUUAGUUGACUCACUCAACCAACUCACUGCUGAUGAAGCUGAAGCCUAAAAGGACUUUGAAGCCAGAGUCAUUCAAUUAAACUAAGAACAUGCUGAAUUCUAAAGAGCUGUUAUAGUUAAGACAGCUGAAAUUGAAGCCAAUGCAAACAAGAUUGAAUAAACCCUUGAUUUAAUUGAUACCUUACAUGCUGAUUUAGACACAUUGAAUGGAUAAUUGUAAGCAGAAAAUGAUGACUAUGCUUUCGCAACUGAUGUCUACAAUGCUACCGUUGCUGAAUACAACAAGGAAUUAAAUGCUGCCCACUAAGCCUUGGAUUUAUUGAAUCAACCAAGAUUUACCGACUAUGUUAAAUCUUAACUCAAGGGAGCAUUUUGAUAUUAUUCAUUCAAUAAAAGUAAAUGAAUUCAUUAUUAAAUUACAUUAAAAUAUUCCUUUCUA